AUGAAAAAAAGUCGUUUUUUGCUCCUUUCCAUUUUCUUUUGUUUUGUAACAAAUAUAAGCUUGGAGUUCAAAAGAAAACAAAAAGUAGAAAUUAAUUCCUUACAAAAAAAUAAAAAUGAUGAUAAUAUAAGAGAAGAAAAAAUUAAACAAGGUGAUGUGGAAUCACAACCUGAGGUUGAUGGGGAUACCUGUGUAAUUUUUUCUUCUUCAGAAGGAAAUGCCAGAAACUGUUGGUGUCCUAGAGGAUACAUUUUGUGUAACGAAGAAGAUGUUCUAGAUGUACAAGAAAAACUGAAUGAAAUUAAAAAUAAGUAUGAAAGAAGUCUAGUUACCCCAUUAUGGAUGAAGAGACUGUGUGACAAUUCAAAAGAUGUAGGUUUUAAAAGUAUGUCUGUUGUUAUAGAUUACGAAUUAGCAGUAUUAUGUAAAGACGGAAGUAAUAAAGAUAAUGCUGAUUUUGAAAUUAUUGGAGCGUCUGGAUAUAUUACAGGAGAAGAAAUGAUUGAGCAACAAAAAAGAAACCCUUGGUAUGUUCCACGUAAAUGUACUGUCAAUAAUUUUUAUUUAUGUAGAAAAGUAGAAAAUGAUAAUGUCAAUUGUUCAUAUACUCCUUGGUCAGAUUGGAGUGAAUGUAAAAAUAAUAAACAAAAAAGAUAUAGAAAAGUACGCCGCUCGAAUCAAAAUAAUGAAAAUUUUUGUUUGUGGAAUGACAAAAUUGUUCCCAGAAAUAUAAUGGAACAAACGCGUUCAUGUUAA